AGAAAGCAGGACUUGUAUACGAUGCAAUUCAAGGUCUUGGCCCGUCAUGCACAUACUUGCAAUUUAUCAUGACUUCGGCGCCUGAUGAUAUAUAUGAUAAUACUACCAUCCCAUUGGCGGCCUUAGUUUGGCACUCGGAUUUUGAUCAAGAAACAUACAUAACUGCGUCUGAUAUAGGAGAGUUCCUUCGCGGGGCGUGCUUAAACAUUUCAGCGAUCCAAGUCUACAUAUUGUGUUUAUUGCACGAUCAUGCCAAAUCAUUUGAAAUGUCUCGGAUUUCGUUCAUUUGUCCCGAGAUUAUGUCAAGCACUAGAAUCAAGGCCGACCCUGGAGCGCCAACAUUGUAUUUGAAAAAAAAAUUCCAAGCUGAAAUUGAAAAGGAGAAGAUGGGUAAUCCUAACCUAACUAAUUGGUUUUUAAUCCCAUAUAAUCAAGAAAAUCAUUGGAAUUUAUACGUGAUGGACCUACGUAGAGGUUAUGUAUAUAUUUUCGAUUCUGCUAGAGAUCCACGUCGAACAGAUUAUGCAUGGGGAAUCUUGAGUUUGGCAUACCAAGUGUACAAGUGAAAUGGUGGGAAUUGUCCGAAUAAAACGAGUUUUAAGUCGUGUAAACCCAUUCAUAUAGAG